AUGUCUGAGGGUGUCGCACAGCUGAAGCAUGAGGGCUCCCAGCGACAGGUUGUCGUCGCAGGUGCGGUGGCAGGCCUGGUGUCGCGCUUCGUGAUAGCUCCCCUCGACGUCAUAAAGAUCCGCCUGCAACUCCAAAUCCACUCACUCUCCGACCCGUUCAGCGUUCGCAAUGUCCAAGGACCCGUCUACAAAGGAACAUUGGGCACCCUCAAACAGAUUCUUCGCGAAGAGGGUGUCACGGGGCUAUGGAAGGGCAACAUACCUGCGGAGCUCAUGUACUUGACGUACGGUAGCGCCCAGUUCUCUGCCUACACGUACAUAUCGCAUUGGCUAGAGACCAUUCCGCCGCCAUAUACGCUUCCCAGCUCAGUCGCGAAUUUCCUCAGCGGAGCCAGCGCGGGUGCCGCUGCGACGACGGCGACAUACCCGCUCGAUCUUCUUCGCACGCGGUUCGCUGCGCAAGGCAAAGACCGCGUCUAUACCUCCAUCAUCGCGUCUCUCAAGCACAUCGCGCACCAUGAAGGACCCAGAGGCUUCUUUCGCGGUCUCGGCGCAGGCGUGAGCCAGAUUGUGCCGUACAUGGGCCUCUUUUUCGCUAGCUACGAAAGCUUGAAGCCCAUAACCGCCUCUUCUCCCAUACCACUGCCACUCGGAAGCUCGGAUGCCGUCGCCGGUGUCAUCGCGAGCGUUCUCUCCAAAACAGCCGUCUACCCGCUCGAUACCACGCGCAAGCGACUUCAAGUCCAAGGGCCGAUGCGCGAGCGAUACGUUCAUCGGAACAUACCGACAUAUACCGGCGUCAUCAGUACCAUUGCGCAUAUAUGGAAGCACGAAGGCAGACGGGGAAUGUACCGUGGGUUGACGGUCAGUCUUCUGAAAGCUGCGCCAGCCAGCGCUGUUACAAUGUGGACAUACGAGCGGGCCAUGGGCCUCAUGCUCGCUUUUGACGAAAAGCACAAAGACGAUUGA